GGCGCGGGUCACGUGAUUCCUCCCUGUGGCUCGGUUGGGGUUGGGUCCCGCGCCCACCGCUACUAGUCCCGGAGCAGCUCGCGCUGGGUUCAGCUGCUCGCGCGCGCUCUGUCUCCAUGGCGACCCGCGGCGGGGUGACGGCCGGGAGGCCCUACGAGCUGGUGGUGUUCGGGGCCUCGGGCUUCACGGGCCACUUCGUGGCGGAGGAGGUGGCGCGGGUGGCGGCCGGGGCUGAACUGCGGGGCUCGCUGCGCUGGGCCGUGGCCGGCAGGAGCCGGGACAAGCUGCAGGGGGUGCUGGACAGGGCGGCUGAGAGGCUGGGAAAGCCAGAGCUAAAGUCAGAAGUUGGCAUAAUACUUUGUGAUGUCAGUGACCCAUCCUCCCUUGCUGAUAUGGCUAAACAGGCAGCUGUUGUUCUCAACUGUGUAGGCCCAUACAGGUUUUUUGGAGAACCAGUAGUGAAAGCUUGUGUUGAGAAUGGCACAAGUUGCGUUGACAUCAGUGGAGAACCUCAGUUUCUGGAAGGAAUGUAUCUGAAAUAUAAUGAUAAAGCUGCAGAAAAGGGGGUAUAUGUCGUUGGAAGCAGUGGCUUUGACUCUAUUCCAGCAGAUAUGGGAGUGUUAUACACCAGAGACAAUUUGAAAGGUACCCUAACUGCAGUUGAAAGUUUCCUGACAGUGAAAUCUGGACCUGAGGGUUACAGUAUCCAUGAUGGAACCUGGAAGUCAGCUAUUCAUGGCCUUGCAGAUCAAGGCAAUUUGAGGACGCUUCGAAAGCAGAUAGGACACAAACCUCUCCCAAUCAUUGGUGCAAAACUAAAAAGAAGAGGACUAGUGUUUUACAGUCAGGAAUUCAAAGAGUACUCCAUUCCAUUCAUGGGAUCAGACGUCUCUGUUGUAAAACGAACUCAACGGUACUUGCACACAGAUUUGAAAGAAACACCUGUGCAGUACGCAGCUUAUGCAACAGUGGGUGGUAUUGCAUCUGUUAUUAAGCUGAUGUUUGCUGGCCUUCUAUUUUUUCUUCUUGUGAAGUUUAGCUUUGGAAGAAAUCUCCUGACAAAAUACCCAGAACUUUUCUCUGGUGGACAUUUUACAAAGAAAGGACCAACACAAAAGCAGAUAGAUGGAUCAUCCUUUACAAUGACAUUUUUUGGUGAGGGAUACUGCGAGGGCCAAGAUCCACAACAGGGCAAACCAAAUGUAAAAAUCUGCACCCAAGUGAAAGGACCAGAUGCUGGCUAUGUUGCUACAGCAGUAGCAAUGGUUCAGGCAGGUGUAGCGCUGCUAAAGGAUGCAAGUUCUCUUCCUAAACAAGGUGGCGUAUAUACUCCAGGAGCUGCUUUCUCUAAAACAAAACUGAUUGAUCGGCUGAACAAACAUGGCAUUGAGUUCUCUGUUAUUAGCAAGUCAGAAGCCUGAAGUUUCAAAAUAAUUCCAAGAAAAACUACAAUUGCAUGAACUAAUGUACCAAGAGCGUAUUCAGAUGUAAAACCUAAUAACAUUUACAAAUCAGUUGUAUUGUUGCUAACAAUGGUAUUAAAAGGAUUAUAGCA